AUGAAGCUGCCGUCGGCGGUGCAGGACCCCGGGGGGGACAUCGUGCUGCCGCGCCGGCUGCGCAGCGACCAGGUGGACUACGAGGCGGAGCUGGCCGUGGUGAUCGGCCGGCGCUGCCACAACGUCACGCGCGAAGAGGCGCUGGACUACGUGCUGGGGUACACCUGCGGCAACGACGUCAGCGCCCGUGACUGGCAGUUGCAGUGGGGCGGGGGCCAGUGGUGCCGGGGCAAGACCUUCGCCACCUUC